CAAUAGCGUGCAAGGAUAUGAUAGAUGGUUUCAGCCAAACAGAAUUCGCGUGUUGGAAGGUGCAGGAAAGCACAGGUGCUUGUAGGAAAGAUGGUAUGUGCGGUACAAAGGAAAACACUGACGUUUUGACCGGUUUUCGGAUUUGACAGCCUGUGUGAAGUGGUGUAUCGUUAAUUUGGUGUGUUAUUAAUAGAGGGGGACAGUUGUUCCUGAGUGUCAUGAAAUGGUGGCUUGUUGUUCGUGUACUUUUACAGUACAUGGAUAUCAGUGUUACUAACGUCAUAUUUUUAAAGUAACAUCAGCUGACUUGUGAAAUGGCAUUUAAUAAAGCAAGAGGUGUUGGUCAUCAGUCGCAUAAUAUGAGUGUGGUCGCGACGCUGUUGAGUUCUUCGUAAACAUUAAAGCAAACACCGACAGUUGAUAAGAGGGAAAGCUAGUAUCGAUUUAGGGGACUUGGACCGAGGAAAACACUGCUGCCAUGCUUUCCGGUGUGGAAGAGAAAGGUGGCUACCAAUCGAAGUUAAAGAGCUUGGCAUAAACUACGAACAUAAAUACGCAUUCCCACCAUGUUUUUAAUUUUGUUAGUAUCUUCAUAUUUGAAUGCACCUGGAAAAGUGUCCCCAGCUUCCAUAGAACACAUUUAAUUGCAGUGGAAAAGCGUAAAAUAUGGCAAUGGAAAGGCCAAAAUUGGCCAUUCCAGGGCCAGAGUUGCAUUCAGUGAGGCGAGAAACGAUAUCAAUGCUUGGAAAGACGUAUGGCUGUGGGCAAUGCAGUGCUCCUCCCCCUGGACCUCCUGGAGGUCCACCAGGACCUGUAGGCCCCCCAGGUGCUGUUGCUGUUCCACCUGGUGCCAUGGGUCUUGUGCCUCCACAGCAGCCACACCAGCCACCACAACCUCCCGAACUGCCAAUGUUCAAUUGUCCGAGAAGGCCCAACUUGGGCCGGGAAGGUCGACCAAUAGUUCUCAGAGCAAAUCACUUCCAAAUAUCCAUGCCCCGAGGCUUUGUUCAUCACUACGAUAUCAACAUACAACCUGACAAAUGCCCGCGUAAAGUCAACAGAGAGAUCAUCGAAACAAUGGUCCAUGCAUACAGUAAAAUAUUUGGAACUCUAAAACCUGUUUUUGAUGGACGGAAUAAUCUCUAUACCAGGGAUCCACUGCCUAUAGGAAACGAUAGGGUCGAAUUGGAGGUGACGUUACCUGGCGAAGGCAAAGACCGUGUAUUCCGUGUGACAAUAAAGUGGAUAGCCCAGGUAUCAUUAUUUGCCUUAGAAGAAGCUCUCGAAGGUCGUACAAGACAGAUUCCAUAUGAUGCCAUUCUGGCUCUGGAUGUUGUUAUGCGCCACUUACCGUCCAUGACAUACACUCCCGUGGGGCGAUCGUUCUUCUCAUCACCGGAUGGAUACUACCAUCCUUUGGGUGGAGGGAGGGAGGUGUGGUUUGGUUUCCAUCAGUCUGUGAGGCCAUCACAGUGGAAGAUGAUGUUGAACAUUGAUGUUUCUGCAACAGCCUUUUACAAGGCACAACCUGUAAUUGAAUUCAUGUGUGAAGUUUUGGAUAUACGGGACAUAAACGAGCAACGCAAACCUCUGACAGAUUCACAGAGGGUAAAAUUUACCAAAGAGAUCAAGGGGCUGAAAAUCGAAAUCACGCAUUGUGGCACCAUGAGGCGGAAGUACAGAGUGUGUAAUGUGACGAGAAGGCCGGCGCAGAUGCAGUCUUUUCCACUUCAAUUAGAGAAUGGGCAAACUGUGGAAUGUACAGUAGCAAAGUAUUUCCUGGAUAAGUACAAGAUGAAACUGCGAUACCCGCACCUGCCGUGCCUACAGGUGGGGCAGGAACACAAACACACGUAUCUGCCACUUGAGGUAUGCAAUAUAGUGGCAGGGCAGCGCUGUAUAAAGAAAUUAACAGACAUGCAGACAUCAACAAUGAUUAAGGCUACAGCCCGCUCAGCACCAGACCGUGAAAGAGAGAUCAACAACUUGGUCAGGCGGGCUGACUUCAAUAAUGAUGCCUAUGUUCAAGAGUUUGGCCUCACUAUCAGCAACAAUAUGAUGGAAGUGCGGGGACGCGUCCUACCCCCACCCAAGCUGCAGUAUGGUGGCAGGGUUAGUUCGCUCAGCGGACAGACGAAACAGCAGGCCAUGCCGAACCAAGGAGUAUGGGACAUGAGAGGGAAGCAGUUCUUCACGGGGGUAGAAAUCCGAGUUUGGGCCAUCUCGUGCUUUGCUCCGCAGAGGACUGUCAGAGAAGAUGCCCUUAGGAACUUCACAAGUCAGCUACAGAAGAUUAGUAAUGAUGCAGGAAUGCCAAUAAUUGGACAGCCUUGUUUUUGCAAAUAUGCAACGGGUCCUGAUCAAGUGGAGCCAAUGUUUCGGUACCUCAAAUCUUCGUUUACGGCACUCCAACUAGUUGUAGUCAUUUUGCCAGGGAAGACACCUGUGUAUGCCGAGGUGAAGAGGGUGGGUGAUACUGUUUUGGGUAUGGCCACACAGUGUGUUCAGGCAAAGAAUGUAAACAAAACAUCACCACAGACCUUGUCAAAUCUCUGUCUGAAGAUAAAUGUGAAACUGGGAGGAAUCAACAGCAUCCUGGUGCCAAGUAUCAGACCGAAGGUAUUUAAUGAACCUGUGAUAUUCCUGGGGGCGGAUGUUACUCACCCCCCUGCUGGUGACAACAAGAAGCCUUCAAUAGCAGCAGUUGUAGGCUCAAUGGAUGCACACCCAUCACGCUAUGCAGCCACUGUGAGGGUCCAGCAGCACCGGCAGGAGAUCAUACAGGAACUCAGCAGUAUGGUCAGAGAAUUGCUGAUCAUGUUUUACAAGAGUACAGGAGGCUACAAACCACAUCGGAUUAUUCUGUACCGGGACGGAGUAUCUGAAGGACAGUUCCUCCAUGUUCUGCAGCAUGAGCUCACAGCGAUCAGAGAAGCUUGCAUCAAGUUGGAAGGAGACUACAAACCGGGCAUCACAUUCAUCGUAGUUCAGAAAAGGCAUCACACAAGGCUCUUUUGUGCUGACAAAAAGGAGCAGUCAGGUAAAUCUGGCAACAUACCAGCGGGAACAACUGUUGAUGUGGGUAUUACACAUCCAACAGAAUUUGACUUCUACCUGUGUAGCCACCAAGGAAUUCAGGGAACAAGUCGACCUAGUCACUACCACGUCCUCUGGGAUGACAACCAUUUUGACUCGGAUGAACUCCAGUGCCUCACGUAUCAACUGUGUCACACGUAUGUGAGGUGCACACGAUCUGUUUCCAUACCCGCGCCUGCAUACUAUGCACACCUCGUUGCGUUCAGGGCCCGCUACCAUCUUGUUGAGAAAGAGCAUGACAGUGGAGAAGGUUCUCAUCAGUCAGGAUGUAGUGAGGAUCGAACUCCUGGUGCCAUGGCACGUGCCAUUACUGUACAUGCUGACACGAAGAAGGUCAUGUACUUUGCUUGAUGUGAAAUUGUUGUUACGAAUUGUGUUCCUGUAUUCACAGGACAGUGUAGAGACGCACCUGUUUGCUUGGUCGUAAAACUGGUGUGCGGCAUACUGAUGGUCUGGAACUGAUGAUGCGUACCACAUCAUCUUUUAAAAUGGAUACCCUUUUUUCUUAUGUAAAGUAUAAACUGUUGCAUGGUCCCGAUACAUCCAGUGUGGGGAAGAAAACACCAAUGAAAUAGCACUCAAGUGGAAUGCUUAAAUUGUACAUAUUUGAAUGAGAACAGAGUUUAAAUGUGACUGGAGGGAAAGUGAACCACACGAAUCAGGAUGGUGGACUUUGUGACUUGUAUGCUUGGACAAACCGAAGUGAAUGCAUGUGUUAAGCAGCCAGUAUGAAAGUGUAGUAGCACACUGUUGCCAGUAGUGCUUGAAUUUAUCCAUGCCGGGAAUUGAUGACCAAUGCAUUUAAUUGUGUAGCCAUAAAUCAUGUAACUCCCUAUCACUGAACAAGAAGUAGGGGAAAUUUUAUGUUCCUUUGGAAGAAAAUAAUGUUGAGAAAUUGUUUUUCAGAAAAUCUUGUUUUUAAAAGAAAAGAUGAAAGAUUAUUUUAAAUUGUGUGUGUUUAUAUUGUUGCCUCAUGUUCAUAAGAAUUUUUAUCAUUGUCACAUGAAAAGAAAUAGGCUCCAUCAAAAUUCAUCUGAAUGAUGCCAGAUAUAUUCAUUUUUCUGUAAUACCUAUUGUAACUGUGGCCAUAAUGCUGUCUUCUGUAUAUGCAUAGUUUGCAUAUGGAGUUGGGGAAAGUUUCUACAAUUACUGUAAUGAUGUUAUAUAAGCAGUUUUUUGUACGUUUUUAUUUUACCUAACUGGAUAGUGAGGUUGCGGCUAGGUCCCCAUAAAGAUUAUUGUUUAGUGAAAACAGAUAUUUUUGUUUUAAAUUGUGUGACAUCAAUAUUGUCUUUCAGUCAGCAUUAUAUGACCAAAAUGUUCUGUUCCAUGUUUUCUCCUCUAGAAGCAAUCAAAUACUGGAUCAUGUUUCAUGUUAUGAAUUAUGUAAAGAAAUUUGUAACCUUUUACCACUCUCGUUAUUCCUUUAUGAUAAAUGUCAGUGUGAGUACAACUUCAACCUUGUAGGCAUGUAAAUAGGAAUAUGUGUCGUGGUCAAGCAGUGAUGGCACACUGUUGUCAGUAGUGCCACUUCUUGAAAGUGAGGUGUGCCAUCUUAAAUCAGAUGUGUGAGGUUUGCAUCAAUAUAGACUAUCAUUAUUAUUACUGAUGUACAUUAAUUUGUAAUGUUACUAAUGUUCAUGAAUGUGUCUUUGGUUGUGUACAGAGUUGAAGGUGAAAUUCAGGAAACUUUGAGAAAGUUCCCUGUGGAACGUAGUAUAAUGGCAAAAAAUAUUUGUUGCGAUAUUGCUGAUUGGAUUCAGUUGGCCCAGGAUGUGGUCAGUAGUGUGCUUUUGUUUUGGACUCCGUAAUACAGUUCAGCAGAAUAUUUUCAUUUGCUUACAGAAAGAAAAACCACUGUGUUAAGACCAAGAGCUUGGGCAGUUAUCUUUUGAUGCAGAUCUAUAUUUAGAAAUUAUUUCCUGCAGAAGAAAGCCACACAUUGUAAUGAAGCUAAUGGCCUUAUCUUGCAGAAGGGCAUCAGUGAAGUGUUUCUCAUUAGGGAUAAAAGAGUUCAGUAUCUGAUUUAAGCUUAGAUAUAUUUCUACAAAGGUACCAGUAAUAGUAGUUUUUUUUCUGCGGGUACAGUCAACAUUUCAGAAAUAACAACUGCUGACAAUUUCCCAGGAUUGUAUUCGUAAAAGAAUACACUUUUUGUUUUCAUUUUUUUCCGCGGUAUCCAGGUUCUGAAAUGGCUUUUGUUUGUGAGAAUGCAAUGUCAAGCAAAAACUAAUGAUAAGAAAUUUCAGUGAAGUGUCUAUAAUUGAUCAUCGUGCGGUUCAGGUGUGCAAACAUGGUCCUUUGGAUUGUAAUGCUAUGUAGGGCCUCAUAUUUCAGAGGAAGAUAUCA